UUUCCAAAUUCCAUUGGAUAAAAAAAUCAAAAAGUUUUGAGCGGAUCUCAUCCGGUAAAAAUUUAUAUUUUAUACUCUUUUUAUACAGCUUCCUAAAAUAAACAGAAAACAAUAAUCAAAAUGAUUCAACGACAACGCCAAAGAAUCGAGCAAGCUGUAACUGAAAUGAUUGACGAUAUGGAUAAAUCACAUUUACGUAAAAUGCAGACAGACAUGCAUUUAUGCGCUGCCCGCUGUUGCCAGGAUAUGAAUGCAAGUGUUGACAGUGUUCAGAAUUGUGUCGACAGAUGUUCUAAUCCAAUAACUCGAGCCCAAAACUACGUUCAACAUGAAUUGGGUGAAUUUCAAGGACGAUUGCAAAGAUGUGUUAUGCAAUGCAACGAUGACAUAAAAGUUAAGAUGCCACCUAACCCCAAUGAAUCGGACGUAGCUAAGUUCACAGAUCAGUUUGAGCGAUGUGCGGUUCAGUGCGUCGAUAAGCAUGUUGGUUUGAUUCCAUCACUUAUGAAAACAAUGAAAGCAGUUCUAGCUAAAGGUCCCGAGAAUAUACCAAACGUUUAAAAUCCUUCAAUCAUAGAUAUUGAACUAUUUAACUAUGUUGACCAUUUUCCGUUGACGGGAAAUUAAAAUUUUAAAAUGCGAAUGUACCUCAUUGAUUAAGCUACUACAAAAUUAAAUAAAUGUUUGUUUUUCCAGAACGAUCA